AUGAAAUUAUUAAUUAAUUUAAUAGGUUUAUUUGUAUUAUUAAUAAUAAAUUUAAAUUGUAUUAAUUGUGAUAAUGGUUGUUAUUUAUUAAAACAAUCAUUAUUAUUUUAUAAAGCUCAAAGAGCAGGUAGAUUAUCAGAUAAUGAUAUUCCAUGGAGAGGUAAUUCAGUAUUAAAUGACAAGAGUGCAGGUUCAUCAGUUGAUUCAAAUGGUGAUGGUGAUUUAUCAAAAGGUUAUUUCGAUGCUGGUGAUGGUGUUAAAUUUAACUUUCCAAUGGCUUAUUCAAUGACAAUGUUAAGUUGGAUUUAUAUUGAAUAUUCUGGAAAUAUUGAAAAAUGUGGUUUGUCUCCACUUUAUAAAGAAGUUUUAAAAUGGGGUACAGAUUUCUUAAUUGCAUCACAUACAUCUGAUAAUGUAUUUAUUGGUCAAGUUGGUAAUGCAUAUGUUGAUCAUAACGUAUGGCAACCACCAGAAAAUAUAGACUAUGUUCGUGAUAUCUAUACUAUCGAUUCCAAUAACCCAGGUACUGAUCUUGCAAUGGAGGCAUCUGCAGCAUUAUCAUCCGCAUCAAUUGUAUUUAAAACUAGUAAUCCAGCAUACUCUCAACUAUGUUUAGAACAUUCAAAGAAACUUUAUGAUUUUGCUAUGAAUUCACCAAUGAAAAAGUAUACUGAUACAAUUAGAAAUGCUAUUGAAUUUUACCAAUCAGGUGGUUAUAAUGAUGAAAUUGCAUGGGGUUCAAUUUGGCUUUACAAAGCAACAAACUCUCAAAAUUAUUUAACAAAUUCAAAAUCAUACUAUUUAAAUAACAAUGAAGUUUGUUAUGCAAAUGAAUUCAGUUGGGAUAAUAAAGGAUUAGGUGUUGGUAUACUAUUAUAUCAAUUAAGCAAAGAACAAGAUUAUAAAACUAAAAUUGAAAAUUCUCUCAACUAUUGGUUACCAAAUGGUGGUAUUAAAUAUACAAAUGGUGGUUUAGCUUGGUUAAGACAAUGGGCAUCAGCAAGAUAUUCAAUGAAUAUGGCUUUAAUUCAAUCAAUUUAUACAAAAACAGGUGGUAGUGAAUUAACAAAAUAUUCAACAUUUGCAAAGAAUCAAUUGUUAUAUGUUCUUGGAGAGAAUCCAAAACAACAAUCAUUCAUUUCUGGAUAUGGACCAAAAGCACCAAGAAAUCCACAUCAUCGUGCUGCUCAUCAUUCUACAACCAAAGAUAUUAAUCAACCAAUAAAUAAUGUUUAUCAACUACCAGGUGCUUUGAUUGGUGGUCCACCAUUAAAUGAAUCAUGGAUAGAUACAAGAUCAAAUUAUGAAUCAAAUGAAGUAGCAUUAGAUUAUAAUAUUGGUUUAGUCGGUGUUGUUGCUUCAUAUAUUUCUGAUCCAUCAAUACCAUUUAUUUCUUAUGAUUUAGAAAUAACCACAACUGCAACUACUUCUACUACUACUACUUCUGCGACUCAAUCAUCAACUUCAUCAACUUUUACCUCUACAACCUCUUUUUCCUUAACCACAAUGGGUUCCACCAAAAAACCAAACCCAUCCUCUUCAAUUGGUACUUUAACAGGUAACAAUGAUUUCGAAGGUUCUGAUGAAAAAGAAUUUAUUGGUGGAUCAUCAUUUUUAAAUAUAAAUGGUUUACUUCUAUUGUUGAUAUCAUUAACAUUGAUUGUAAUUUUUUAA